AUGUUUAAAGUAUAUCCUUUAGGGUCUGGUUAAGAAGUUGGUCGUAGUUGUAUAAUUUUAACAAUUUAUGAUAAAACGAUCAUGUUGGAUUGUGGUUUACACAUGACACAUUAAGACAAUCGUAGAUUUCCAGAUUUUUAAGUAUGCAAUAAUGAUCUAAUUUAGUUAAUUGAAGAGAAAUUGGGACGUAAAUAUGUAGAUUUGGUUUUAAUUACACACUUUCAUCUUGAUCAUUGUGGUGCAUUACCAUACUUUACAGAAUUAUAUGGUUUAUUAAUAUAUUUAUAUAAGGUAAUGGAUAUAAUGGUCCAAUUGUAAUGUCAAUGCCAACUAAAGCAUUGUUGCCUUAUAUGUUGGAAGAUUAUAGACGGGUAUUAUAUUAUGAAUAUCAUCGUAGAUUUGGACUAUGCCUAAGGAAGAGUAACAACCCUAAUAACAAACUUAAUAGGAUUUUAGUAUUAAUCCAUAAGUUAACACUGAUCCAUUAUUGAUUUAUGAUCAUGAAAAUAUCAAAUCAUGUGUGAGUAAAGUACAAGUGAUUGGACUUUAUGAAACAUAAAAUUUUGAUGGCAUUGAAGUGACUGCCUAUUAUGCUGGUCAUCUAUUAGGUGCAUGUAUGUUUCAUGUGAAAUAUAAAAAUGUCUCAGUAGUCUAUACUGGAGAUUAUAACUCUAUUGCCGAUAGACAUCUUGGUGGUGCUUAUAUUGAUCAAUUAUAACCCGAUUUAGUCAUUUCGGAAAGCACUUAUGCUACAAUCAUUAGAGAUAGUAAAAGAACAAGAGAAAGAAACUUUUUGAUGCAUGUUUAAGAAGUUCUUGAUAGAGGAGGCAAAGUCUUAAUACCAGUAUUUGCUUUAGGAAGAGCUUAAGAAUUGUCUGUCUUAUUAGAAUCUUAUUGGUAAAGAACCAAAUGUAAAGCAGGACUUUAUUAUGCUGCUGGACUUAUUGAAAAAGCUAAUUAAUAUUAUAAAAUAUUCACUGGCUGGGAAUCAGAAAAAAUAUAACAAUCCUUUUUAGAUGACAAUAUUUUCAAUUUUAAAUACAUUCAACCAUUUGAUAGAAAUCUAAUCAAAAGUCCAUUAUCGAUGGUCUUAUUGGCUACUCCAGGAAUGUUGCAUGGAGGUUUAAGCAUGUAAGUGUUUAAGGAAUGGUGUGGAUGUGCUAAUAAUAGUUUAGUUAUUCCUGGAUAUUGUGUACCUGGAACUUUAGGUAAUAAACUUCUAGCUGGAAUUAAACUUGUAAGAAUUGAUAAUAAAGAUUAUGAUAUCAAAAUGCAAAUCAAUAAUAUGUCUUUUAGUGCUCAUGCUGACAGUAGAGGAAUAAUUUAAUUAGUGAAUCAUCUUUAACCUAAAAGUAUCGCUUUUGUUCAUGGAGAAUAUCACAGAAUGAAAACUCUUGGAGCUGAAAUUAUUGAUAAAAUUUAAAUAAGAGUUGAUUGUCCUGCUAAUUUUGAAUUGCUUGAAUAUGAAAAGAUAAUGUCUGUUGAUAGACCUUUGACGAUUAAAGGAGACUUUAAAAAGUUUAUGAAUGGGUACUUAUUAGAACAUAAAGGAUAAAUGGUGUUACUUUCUGAUGAAAAUGAUAUAAUGAAAGAAGUAAAUUAAUUGUUAGGAAUAAUGUAAUCAGAACAAGGAUAUAUGAGACAAUAUAAAAUCACUGGUCAUCUAUUGUGAGU